UUAUUCCCAGUGCCUUUCUGUACUGGCUGGCUCCCGAUUCGAGCCGCUUCUCGUUCGUUUCGGUGCUGCGCAUCUCAUUUGUUCUCUGUGCCCGCAACCCCAGCACUCGUCUCUCUAUCUCACUGGUAAGCCGCGCAAGAUUCUUUUUGUUCUCCUCGUGUUCCGCCACCUGUUUGUACAGGCUGUCAUUUUCGCGCUGCGCAUCGGAUAGCUCAUUCCUUUCCCUGUCCAGCGUGCGCUCUAGCUUCUCCAGGCUGUUCCGAAGAUGUUUUAUUUCCUCCUCAUUUUUUUUUAUUUCUGUCCGUAUCGUGUGUACAUCGUGGUUGAGGCGCUCCUUCUGCUCUUUUCUUGUGUAUUUAACCUCUUUUAUCUUCCUCAUACUUUCUGAAAGUAGGUGUGCGAAUUUCUUUCGCAGCCCGGAUGUGAUCGAUUGUAUCUCAUGCAGGUUUGUGAGCUCUCGGCUGGUCAUUUUGCAGGGCACGAAAAAUGGCAGAGGUAAGAAGGGAACGGGUGCAGAGUCCUCCAAUGGUGUGCAACAGCAUACAGUGCCACACCGUAUGUCUGUUCUUAAACGCAUUGCACCGCCACACCCCUAUGAUACAAUACAAGUUGGUGCUGACAAAGAGCGACUCUGCAUCCCGUUCGCUUCUCCUGGUGCCGGUCGAUCUGAAAAAGCUGAACGAGCCGCUGCAUCUGAAGCGGGAAGAGAAAGCAGAGCAGCCCGAAACAGAAUCGUACAGAAACAUAAAGAAAAAGAGCGAGGCUGUCGAAUACGUUGACGAGGAGUAUAAAAGGCUUUCAGAGGAGGAGUCACAGCCACUGGUACUAGAAGACGCGGAGGGAAGAGGAUUUAAGGGCCGUCUGCAGAGCGUCAAGAACACACAGAACAAUUACUUCGUGUUUAUCAACACGGGGAAGGCGUUCAAAGUCAUACCGGUGUCAAAAUGGUACAGGUUCACGCAGAAAAUAAACUACGACACUUUGACGCUUGAAGAGGCAGAGAGCAAAAUCGGCAAGGAUGACGACAGAUGGAUGAUGCACAAGAAGAAGGAGGAGGAAGUGGAGGAGAUUGACUAUGACGAGGUGUUUGAUGACGAUGAUGGGGAAGAGGCACACGUUGCGGACUAUGAAGAGAAGAAGCAGCUGAGCACAAGCGGAAAAGAGCUCAAAAAGUUUAUGAGGAGCCUGGAGGAAAGCGAGGAGCAAAAUGAGAAAGGACCGAAGGAGGAAAAGAAGGAAAUGAUGAAGCUGAGCGAGGGCGACCUGGUACAAAUGAUAAUGAACGAUGAGAUGAGCAUCAAAGAGCUGCUGUCACGGAUAAAGGUAAAGUUCAAGAUUGACGAGUACACGAAGAAAUUAGUGCAGCGAUUUAUCAAAGAGAGAUGCGAGUACAAGAAGGAGGUGAUUGAUGGCGAGAAAGUGUACAAGCUCAAGCUUAAGUAACGGGAUGGCGCUUAAUCGAUGGAUAUAAAUAUGUUAUAACAUUUUUUAUAAA